AGAGGAGAGGAGAGGGCGUGGAUCACCCUGGAGCACUCGACAGCACUGGCCUAUGACGAGGUCUUGGUGAAGGUGCUAAACGAACAGCCCCUCCCACCAGCUCUCACCUGCACUCCCUCCCGGCCUCUGCCUCAGUCCGAUGGCUAAACAGGAUUUGAACGACCUCCCCCCUCCUUACUACUCUGUGGUGUUGCACACACAGCCUCCCCUCCAGCCUUAUGAGACGGUAGUGCAUGGGGGGGGUCCCGGUGCCCACCCCCCCCAGCAGAUACACUACAUCCCCCAGUACGCCCCCCCGGUGGCAGCCCCCAUCGUCACCCAGCCCGCCCCUCCCAGGAAGAGGUCUUGCUGUGGGGGUGUGAGCCGGGCCCUGGGGGGCUCCGGGGGGACUGUUCUGCUGCUCCUCCUCCUGGCUCUCUCCAUCUGGCUGGGAGUGCGGUAUGGGACCCGGGGCCCCUCCUCCUCCUCUUCCUCGCUGUACAACGGCUACGAGGACGGUGAGGCGGCGCCCUUCAGCUCGAUGAGGCAGGACACCUGCCCCAACAGCACGGUGCUGUGUGACGGAGAGGUGGACUGCAACCUGGGCACGGAUGAGAUGGACUGCGUACGGUUCGCUGACGGGGACCGUCUGCAGGUCCGCACCGCCCAGGACGGCCGCUUCCUGCCCGUGUGCCACGCGGGCUGGGACCGGGCCCACGCCGACCACACCUGCGCUCUGCUGGGCUUCAGAAG